CCACAUGGCCUUGCGCCCCGGCGCAUGAGCUCUCGGGCGCUUUAGCGCAUCUAUUAUACUGCCUUGCCGAGGAUAAAAAGAAGAGCAACUGGAGGGACUAUAAGGCAAACGUUGCUGGAGCUGCCGGGGCAAAGUUGUAUGGUUGCACUCUGGAAAUGGGAUGUCAGUCCCGUUCAGGGAACAUAAAGGAAGAAAGAAAAUCUCCCAGUCGUUGCUGCUGUGACAGCGAGUGAGAGCGAGAGCAGGAAGAUGUCGACAGUAACGUCAGCAAUCCAGGCUCCUCAGGGCCCUGUGAAUCCGCCGCCUCCGGAGGUCACUAAUCCUAAUAAGCCUGGCCGGAAGACCAACCAAUUGCAAUAUAUGCAAAAUGUUGUGGUAAAGACCUUGUGGAAGCAUCAGUUUGCUUGGCCUUUCUACCAACCUGUUGAUGCAAUUAAAUUGAAUUUGCCGGAUUAUCACAAAAUAAUAAAAAAUCCUAUGGACAUGGGGACGAUCAAGAAGCGCCUGGAACAUAACUAUUACUGGAGUGCCAGUGAAUGUAUGCAGGAUUUCAACACCAUGUUUACAAAUUGUUACAUUUAUAACAAGCCCACAGAUGACAUCGUCCUCAUGGCCCAAGCCCUGGAGAAGAUAUUUCUGCAGAAGGUGGCCCAGAUGCCACAGGAGGAAGUCGAAUUAUUACCCCCAGUUCCUAAAGGCAAAGGUCGCAAGCCGUCAGCAGGCACGCAGAGCACAGGAGCGCAGCAAGCAGUGGCCGUGUCUUCCGUCUCCCCGCCGGCCCCGUUCCAGAACGUCCCUCCAGCCGUGUCUCAGACGCCCGUCAUUGCUGCCACCCCUGUGCCAACCAUCACUGCUAAUAUCCCGCCUGUCACUGCCCCUCCUGCCGCUGCUCCCCCUCCGCCUGCCGCUCCGAUAAUGCCUGUGGUGCCUCCUACGCCUCCGGUAGUCAAGAAAAAGGGAGUGAAACGGAAAGCAGAUACGACGACCCCCACCACCUCCGCGAUCACUGCCAGCCGAAGCGAGUCACCCACGCCCCUCUCGGACCCCAAGCAGGCCAAAAUCAUCGCUCGACGGGAGAGCGGUGGACGGCCCAUCAAACCACCAAAGAAAGACCUUGAAGACGGAGAGGUCCCCCAGCAUGCAGGGAAGAAGGGCAAACUCUCUGAGCACCUCAAGUACUGUGACAGCAUCCUCAAGGAGAUGCUCUCAAAGAAGCAUGCAGCCUAUGCAUGGCCCUUUUACAAGCCUGUUGAUGCAGAGGCUUUGGAAUUACAUGACUAUCAUGAUAUUAUCAAACACCCCAUGGAUCUCAGUACUGUUAAAAAAAAAAUGGACAGUCGGGAAUACCAGGAUGCACAAGGUUUUGCAGCUGAUAUUCGGUUAAUGUUCUCUAAUUGUUACAAGUACAAUCCUCCAGACCACGAAGUGGUAGCGAUGGCCAGGAAGCUCCAGGACGUCUUUGAGAUGAGGUUUGCAAAGAUGCCUGAUGAGCCUGCAGAGGCCCCACCGCCGCCUCCACCAACAGCACCGGUGGUGAGCAAAAGCACAGAAAGCAGUCACAGCAGUGAGGAGAGCUCUUCCGACUCGGAUAGCUCAGACUCGGAAGAAGAGCGAGCGACUCGGCUGGCAGAGCUCCAGGAGCAGCUAAAGGCUGUCCAUGAGCAGCUGGCUGCAUUGUCACAAGCGCCAGUGAACAAACCAAAGAAAAAAAAAGAGAAGAAGGAAAAAGAGAAGAAAAAGAAAGAUAAAGAGAAGGAAAAAGAAAAGCACAAAGUGAAAUCUGAGGAGGAGAAGAAACCCAAGGCGGCUCAACCACCAAAACAAACCCAACAGAAGAAAGCCCCAGCUAAGAAAGCAAACAGCACAACCACAGCUAACAGGCAGCCGAAGAAAGGAGGCAAACAGACAUCUGCAAGCUACGAUUCAGAUGAGGAGGAGGAGGGCCUACCCAUGACCUACGAUGAGAAACGACAACUCAGCUUGGACAUCAACCGCCUGCCUGGGGAGAAGCUAGGCAGGGUGGUGCAUAUCAUCCAGUCGCGGGAACCUUCCCUCAGAGACUCCAAUCCUGAUGAGAUAGAAAUAGAUUUUGAAACAUUGAAGCCCACAACUUUACGAGAACUGGAGAGAUACGUGAAAUCUUGUUUACAGAAAAAACAAAGGAAACCAUUUUCUGCAAGUGGGAAAAAACAAGCAGCAAAGUCAAAAGAAGAGUUAGCUCAGGAAAAGAAGAAAGAACUAGAAAAACGGUUACAGGACGUCAGUGGGCAGCUAAACAACAACAAGAAACCUGCAAAGAAAGAGAAAUCCGGCUCAGCUCCCUCUGGAGGCCCUUCCCGACUCAGCAGCAGCAGCUCCUCAGAGUCUGGGAGCAGCAGCUCCAGCGGCUCCAGCUCAGACAGCAGCGAUUCAGAAUGAAUUAUGGACACUUACACACAAACCACAAAAUGGACAUGACCCUCACGAUGCUCUGCAGUGUUCCUUUCUCUCCUUAAUAUACUGCUCUUGUUUCACGGUGGUCAGAUUUUUUUUUUCCCCUCUCUUUCUCUGACUUUUUUAUUAUUUUUUUUAAUUCAGUGUUAUGAAAGGUAUCUUCCAUUGUUUUUGAGGGGGCGCUCUUUUAAUAAUAGGUCAAAGAUCUUUGCGUGUGCGUGUGUGUGUGACUAGACUUUAUGACAAAUAGUUCCCUUUGCAUAAAGUCUCUAAAAUACAUUUUAACUGAAGAAGGUUGGUUGAAAAUGUGGAAGAACUUUGAACUCUUAGCAGGAGAUAAAUAGAAAGUUCUGCAAGGUUUGUAGUACAUUGCUCCCUUGCCCCUUCCCUCUCUCCAGAAUGUUCUCUUUUAAUAAGCCUGCCUGGCUCACACAAGGUAAAAAAGUCUUUUUUUUAAAAGAAAUCUCUGUAAAAUGGUACUGUACCUGAAAGAUGUUAGCUUUUGAACUAGUUGGUGUCUUUGUUUUUAGCACUAGGAUUCUUAAUCUCGAAGUCUAUGGUGUGAUGAAAAUGUCAGAUGCUAUCAUCUUUUACAUAAAAACAAACAAACAAAAAAAAACCACCAAAAAAAAUUCUCAUGUACUGUGGAUUGCUAACAUGCUUUUUUGUUUGAAUCUUGGUAGAGGCAUAGGCACCUGUUCCGGAAGGUAUUUAAGCAUGAAUUUAACUUUAAGCACGUGAGCAAGAGAAGUGGUUUCAUUUCUUAUUUUCACUCAAAAUUUUCAUUUUCUGUGGGGAAUACGUUGGGAAGAAAGGAGUACAGGUUUCUUGGCAAUGUUAUUUUUAACAUCUAAUAGAUAAUUUCCCAUAAUAUGGGUCUCUAUGAAAGUUUUGAUUUAAUUGAAACCAGGUUUUGGCUGUAAGUUCUCAGCUGGACCCCAGAGCGAUCCCUGCAGGGUGACCAAGGCAAGUCACGUGCCUGCUAUUAGACACAUGCUUAAGUACUUUCUCCAUGACGAGCACCUCAGUCUGGGCUUAAAAUAAAGGAGCACUUGAGCUCCAGCUGAGGCUGAGCUGGCAGAGGAAUCGGAGAGGGAUGUUGUGUGUGUUUGGGUUUGGUUUCUUUCCUCUCUUUAUCAGAUCAGUAGUGAUCUCCUAGGAAGGGAACGCUACUUCUGUGUCAUGCGGGGUGCAGGUUUCCAAAGGCCAAAACGCUUACCUCGAUAAAAAGGAAAAAAAAAAAAAAAAGAGGAGAGGGAGGAAAAAAAAGAAAAAGAGACAAUUUUUUUAACACUUGCAAUUUUUUGAGUCCAGCUGGUUUUGACCUGCACUGCUGCAAUACCCUGUUUUCACUGUCCCUAAUUCCAUGUAUAUAUAAGUACUUUAUUUAUUAAACAGCAUUGGUCAUUUAAAACUUACUAAAAAAAAAAAAAGAACAAAAGCAAAGCUGCCUUUUGCAGAUUUUUAAUGUGGUUUGAACCAGAUUUUAAAAAACAACAACAAAAAAUAGCAAAUAAAUAUCUGAUACUUUAUUUAAAUACAAUGGACAUUAUACCUGCAGGUGCUACAGUCCAGUUUCUUGUGUGUCCGGUGCUCUGUCAAGUUUGGUGUGUUCAGUUUUGGUUUUAUUUUCUCUCUUUUUUUACCUUUUUGCCCCAGCGCCCUUUUUUCCUGUUUUGUACAGAUCUUGGAGACAUUCAGUUAGAUAGAGUUUCUUCAUGCAGCACACGUUAUUAUUUUCUCUGUAGUAUUUCCCCUCUCUUUUUUUUUUUGGUAGAGCAGUGCUUUAUUCUUUUAUAAUCUGAUUUUAGGAAAACACCAGUUCUAUAAUUAUAUAAAAUUUGUAAUCCGAGGGGCAGAAAUUUAUUGUAAAUUCUUAACUUUUUAUUGUAAAGAAAAAAUAUACAGAGUUUAACAGAAAGUUAUGCCUUUCCCUCUCCCAGCACCAGCCCCUAAGGCUGCCUCUCUGCUGUGGGGCAGCCCUAAAAUUCACCCUGCUGUGGUCUCUAAUAAUAGUUUUCCAGAGGCCCCACGGUGCACAUUGCACCGACUUUUAUUUUUCACGUAGAUGAGUGGCCCUGGAAGGCUCCUCAACCCCAGCACAUGAUUUCCAUUGCACGCUCAGCCUCCAAGAGCUGGGAGAGGAGAUGGCGUGCUGGGAUGGGUGAUGUCCCUGUGCUGGAAAGCCGGGGAAGCACAGGGCCAGCCUGUUAUUAGCACUCCAUGCUUUGCACUUGUAACUGCAUCCACACUCAGCUCUCCAUCACUCACUGCCCAUCAGCUGAGGUUUUAUAGCUAGACCCUUUCCCAUCUGUCUUUAAAGACCUGCGUUUCAAAGACCAGCAUUUUGGAGGGUUUGCGUGUGCGUCUCGUACCACUGACACGCGUCUGUCCAUGUCUGAUCUGUGCAGUGGCAGUGAUGCGCUCGCCACAGUGCGUAGAACAAAAUUCCCGUGGUUUCGGGAAGGGCUGAGC